CGCAACAAUACUUUUAAAAGUACUGGCAUGGCGAUCCUAGUCCAGGUAUGGCAAACAAAUCAAAGAGCGUCGCCCAUCCCUACCUGCCAUCGCCGCUGUCCAGUCGGCUUUGAAUGGCGGGAAGAGGCCGUUGGCGGGCAGCGCGAGGCGCUCACCCUUUAAGUGACUCCCGCGCGCGGGGCACCGACGUCAGCGUUUCGAGCCUUUUGUUUUCUCGGUCUUUCUAGAAACAUCUGGAUUUCAGUUCCCAACUUCUUUCGCGUAUCGCACUGACCCCCCUACUUCUACUACUUCUUUUUCUUCUUCUUCAACUUUCCCUUCUGUUUUGAAACGCAGACGCAACAAAGUCUUUAAUUAAACUUAAGCGCCAGUGGUCACUGUGCAGUUCUACGCCUGACCGCAAAAAUGUGCAAGAAUAGCCGGUGGCAGACAGAAAUAGAAUAGCUGGGCGUCUGCCUGGAGCGGAGCCCAGUGAAAAAAUAUGCAAGCGCCGCCGCCGCCGCCGCCCGAAGCUGGGGUCACUCGAGACUUGAGCGCGCGAGACGGACGCAUCGCAUCGCAUCGCAACGGCAGCGCAGCGCUGGGCCGGGCAACUCCGGUUUUGCCAAAGACGGUGACGAUGGCCUCAUCCCAAGAAAGUGCUCUGUGUGAUUUUCUAGUAACCCCACUGCAGCGCAUGCAUCUCAUCCGUGUGGACUCAGUCCAGCGCUGGAUGGAGGAGCUGAGGUACAUGAGUGAGGUGGAGUGUAUGUGCAUUCUGCAGUCAAAGCCCAUCAGCGUGGAUGAGGACGUGCAGAGUGAGCUCAUCGUGAACCCUGAGCAGCCGAGUCGGGAUGGCCUGCAUGCUUUACUCAAGAGAGCCCUCAUCGUGAGCGGAGAGCUCAGCAAGCUCUUCCAGAAGCUGGAGAAAAACCGAUGGCAGAGAGCGCACAGUACGGCGGUCAGGACCAACUGCCAUGUCCGCUCACUCGUCAACGAGUACCACAGCUUGGCCAGGAGCGCUUCAGCCGUGCGCCAGCAGUCAGAGCAGCUGCUGCUGGACAAGUGCAUGGAGCUGACGGUCCUGACUGAAAGGUGCACUCACACAGACGAUGAAUACUUUCUGAAGACAAUGAAAGAGUCCAUACUGGAAAUCUUAACGGCUGUUGAGGAGUCGUUCAGCGAGAUGAUUGAUGCUGCUCUCACCGGCGAAAUUCAGGUCUUGCUGAGACAGCUGGAGUCUUCGGAUAACACCUGCGCCAUCGGAAUGGCCAUCGACAGCCUCCUGGACCUGACGCAAGAAGGCGCCCAUCUCUGCAGCAUGCUGGCAAAGGAAGGAGCUGUUGUGGCCCUCUUCAAGAUCUGUCGACAGGAUUGCUUCAGAAGCCUUUACGCCUCGGCGCUGAGGACGCUGGCAUCUGUCUGCUGUGUAGAAGAAGGAAUUCAGCAGCUGGAAAAGGUGGACGGCAUCCUGUGUCUGGCAGACAUCCUGGCAGACGAGAGCAUCAAUGAAGCGACGCGCUCGGAGGCAGCAGCGGUGGUGGCGCAGAUCACAUCGCCACACUAUGCCUUCACGCAGCACCUCAGCAGCUUUCUGGAGAACAUGGAGGACAUGGUGACAGCCCUGCUCAAUCUCUGCCAGAAUGCAUCCUCAGGUGAAGUCUUCCUGCUGGCAUCGGCCGCUUUGGCCAACAUCACCUUCUUAGACACCAUGGCCGGUGAGAUCCUUCUGCAGCUCGGUGCUAUUGGUGUCCUCUUUGAGGCCUUCCGAGACCAGCGGCGUGUGGACACACCUUACUCCAAAGAUCAGGUGGUGACCAUACUCGCCAACAUGUCCGUGCUUGACCAGUGUGCCUUAGAAGUGCUCCAGCACAACGGUGUGGAAUGCCUCUUGGCAAUGCUGUCUGAGAAGCCGUCGUCCUCCAGCCCUGCAGAGGGUGCUGCUUGUGAGCGGGUACAGCAGAAGGCAGCAGUGACACUGGCCCGUCUCAGCCGACACCCACUCGUUGCACAGGCUGCUGCCCAGAAGCACUGUAUCCCACGGCUAAUAGAGCUCUGCCGCUCACCGGCCGAGAGGAACAACAGCGACUCUGUUUUGGUGGCCUGUCUGGCCGCCCUGCGGAGACUUGCAGCCAGCUGUCCUGAGCGCAUCCAAGACUCGGAUUUUCAGCAGCUGAUUAAGCCCAGGCUGGUGGAUUCCUUCCUGCUCUGCUCCAACAUGGAAGAGAGUUUUGUGUAGUGACAGUGUGCCCUGGUACUCUCUUGGUGCCCACUGGUGGGCGACCUCUGCUCUGGUAGACACCAAAGACCUAAUUCAGCCACAUUUACCGCUUUGUCAUGAAGGCAACACCGCAAAACAGAUGAUGUUUGAAUAAACAUGACCAGGUGAGGGCA